AUGCACAGAAACGACCCCACCACACAAUACAUAGAACAUGACGAUGAUGAGGAAUGGCCUUUCGGCAUGGAACAUUGGAUACUGCCAUUGUUCCUGUUCUUCUUGUACAUCACUAUUGGCAGCUAUAUCAGCACGCCAUAUGAUAGUGUUUGUAUAGAUCGAGGUCCCCUACCGAUCCAAAACUUCGAGAAAUGGGCGCCUAAACUUGACGAUAUCAAAAUUAAUAUCCAGAAUAUUAUACAGGAACAAAAUAACAAAGAGACAUCACGGACUCUUGAUGCAAUCUAUAUACCUGUUGAUAUUGCUACCAGCCUUCAAAAGGAAAAUCAGCAGCUGAAACAAGCUAUUGGCUGCAAAUUCGACGACGAGAGACUUUUGCAAAUCGCGAAGGAGAGCGUGGAAGAGAAACUUCAAAGCUACCCCGAGAAUUCUCUAUUCAGAGAGGAACUCAUAGCUGUGCGAGCAUAUGCAUUACUCUCCCGUUUACAGGAGCUACAAGAAGCCAGAAAUGAGAUCUGGAAAAAGCUCAACGGUCAAUUUCGCCAAGACCUCAACAAGAUCACUUACAGCGUAUGCUAUGCUUCUGCACAACUCGAAGACCUUGCACGAGAAGCCAAAACUUUCAAUAAGCCGACGCUUCGACAAUUACAAAAGGUAAGUGUUGCCACAUACGUUCUUUGCCAAGAGAGUCGCAGCGAUGCUCGAACGCUUGAUGAGCUUGUCGAUCAACUUGGCGUUCGUCUAUCGCUUGUUGAAACAGCUAUAAACAGGCUCGGUGGCCUUCGUGACACUUUUGAGGGGAAACACGCUUUGACGAAGCUGUGGAGAUACUUGAUGGUCAACUUGACAGAGGAAGAACUUGACAGCUACGAGGCUGAACGGAUGAUGAUUGGAAGAAACAUGAUUGAAAUGUUGGACGGGGGGGUUGUUUUACCAGAGCUGGCCUCAUAG